AUGACAGCAGCAACAUCUCUUGCUAUGCCACAGAUUGACUGGGACACUCCUGAUCCAAUAACUGCAUUCUCAAGGUUCAAACAAAAAUGUCAGCCUAUAUUUUCGAGCAUUCUCAAAGACACAGGCGACAAAGAAAAAGUAAGCUAUAUUCUACUCUGGUUGGGAGAAGAAGACCUGGAUAUAUACAACAGCUGGACAUUCACAAAGAAGGAGGACAGAAAAAAGCCUGCCAUUAUCUUCAAAUAGUUCAAGAAUCAACUGGAACCAAAGACAAGUCAUCAAAUUCACAGAUGUAUAAUACAAAGAAUAUGACAAGAACAAGGCGAGCCAGUGGACGAUUUUAUUUCAAAACUAAAAAUUCUAACAGCAAAAUGUCAAUUUCGCGAUAAUGCUGCAGUCAAAGAUAGAGUUUUGGAUCACCUUAUUUGGGGGUCAAGAAAUCCUGAUAUUCAAAAAUCACUUAUAAGCCAAGAUUAAUCACUGACCUGUGCAGCCGCUAUUGAGAUUGCAAGGAGCUACAAGGCGACAAGUAAACACAUGAAAAAACUAGCAGGAAGUAGUAAAAGCUAUCAAGAGGACAGGAAUAUUGAUGCCAUUCAUACAGGAAAAGAAAGGGAAUUCUGUAACAACUGCAGAAAACAACACCCAAGGAACAAAUGUCCAGCUUACAGUACAUCAUGUUGAAAAAUGUGGCAAAGCUAAUCAUUGGCAAUCUGUCUGCUGGACUAGCAAAUAGAAACAAUUCAAACAAAGAACAAAGCCAGUCUUCAAGGAAGUGAUUCACACAUCAAGGACAGGGCAACAAUGAUGAUGAUGAAAUCCUGACAAUCAGUACCAUCGAGGUCAAUGCCAUGGAAGACACACAACACUCGAUACACAAUACAUGUGAUGAAGCCUUUGCAACACUUGAGAUAACUCAGCCAGACAAGAAGCAGAAAAUUAAUCCCCAGAGCAAGGUAGACACAGGUACACACAGCAAUGUUUUGCCUAUCAGACUACUUUGCAUAAUCCCCUCAGAGAAGUUUAACAACAAAGGAAAUCCCAAACCAGAAACACUGAAAAAGAAUGAAGCUGUCCUUUCAGCAUAA